AUGACAUAAACUUCAAUAAUAAAUUUAAUAGAAAUUGGAAUGCAAUAAGAAAUAAUUGACACUCAAUCACAUAAGUUCGAUGAGGAUCAAAUAGAAAUCACAUGGAGUAUUUAAAAAGGUAUGAAAUAUUAAAUUGAUUACAGGUGUGCCAUAAAAUCAAGAUUAGAUAAAUCAAUAAUCUCCAUAUUAAAUAAUUAAUAUCGGGUAAAACGAGGAUCUUGGAUAUGGCCCUGGCGUUGGAGCUAGAGCAAUAUUUACAAAUAAAGAAGAAUUGAUUGUUUACUAAGAUUAAAAUAGUGGUUAAUAUUUAUAUUUUGAUCAAGCCGAAAAAUAAUGGUUUCCAUUCUAAUAAAAAGCAGAUGAAAUUAUAAAUAAAAUAAAAUAAUAAUAGAAUCAAAAUGAUGAAAAAGUAUUAAUCAUUAAGGUAAGUAAUCAUGAAAAUUUUAAUGAAUAUAAAGGAUAAAUUACAGAAAAAGAAUUAGCUUAGUAAUCUAAUAAUAUUAUGUAAAUUGAUGAUAUGUUCUAAAUGAUAACUGAAAACAUUUAAAAAAUUUUUGAUAAGACAAAUGCAGUGUAUUUAGAAAUUAAUUAAAAAGAAGCUAAAUUAAUGUUAACAUUGAAAACAUUUAUAGGAAGGAGAUAAAUUGAUAUUCCUAUAAAGGUUCCUCUUCCUUUAAUUGAAUAGAAUGAAGCAGACAAAAAAAAGAUUAAAAAAAUUUAAUAAAAUAAAAAAUUUGAUGAAAUUUAUAGUAAGAUAUCAAAAUUAGAAUAAUUACAAGAAUAAUAAAAAUAAUUAAAUUCUAAACUUGAUGAUAUCUAUAGUAAAAUAUAAAAAUUAGAAUAAAAUUAAAAAUUACAAUAAUUAGAAUUUUAAUUAUAGCAAUAAAAUUAAUAAUUUGCUCAAAUUUGGAAUAAAAUAUAAAAAUUAGAAAAAGAUCAAUAACCUAAAUAAUAUCAAAAAAUUAAUAAUUUAAGUCCGAGUUAUUUUGAUAAUAACAAUAUUUAUAAGUCUGAGAAGCUUAAAGGAUGUUAUGAAUUAGAAUUAACCAUAUAAGAUGAUGAAACAGAUUUCGCAUUAGGUAUUAUUUAAGAUGAUGACUUGAGUAAUUUACAAAAGAAAAGUAAAUCUUAUUUAUUAGCUUUACCAAAAGGUAUUUUAUUAAGAGGAGAGGAUGAAUGUGGAUAAAUGAUCUCUCAUAACCUCUAACUUGAGGAUAAAUUAAGUAUAAGGGUAGAUUCUGAUAAAUGUUAACUUUAAUUGGUUAUAAAUGAUCAUGCUUUACCUCCAAUCAAGAUUGGGAGUUCAAUGGAAGAAUUUUCAUUUAUUAUUAAGUGGCAGGGUGAUUAAUAAUUAGAAGAGUUUGCAUAAAUUUGAGAAAAUCUGAAUAUUUAUUAUACAGAUU